AGGGAGAGAGGCGGAGAGAGGGAGUGAAAAGGGAGAGAGGCGGAGAAAGGGCAGAAUACCUGACCACUGUGACUGACCCAAACUUAAGGAAAGCUUUGACUAUGUACAGACUCAGUGAGCAUAAAUGUCAAAUGUGUGAUUUCAUGAACUGGUACAUACAAGAAAACCAGGUUUUAAAGUUCUGUUCAAUAGCCAUCCCAUCAUAAUAUUUCUGUUUAUUUUUAUUUUUUUAUUUGUGUCAGACACUGCUGAAAGUCUAUAUCAGCUACAUUCAAUCCUUCUUUGAAUACGCCCUACCAGCCAGAUAGUCAGAUAACAGCUUCACCACAGCAGAUCAAUCGGCUACAGAAAAACAUCUGCUAAACACGUGUAUGUGACCAAUAAAAUGUGAUUUUGAUUUUAAAUAAAUGUCCUAUUUAUCGAAGAUGCUGUUGGCUUGGGUCAAAAUUACUCCAAAGGAUUUGAAUUUGUUAAAAGUCCAUAUUGAUACAGAAACUCUAAUCCAUGAUUUAGAUUUAUUAAGAACAAGUUGCUUGACAAAGUCAUGCAAAAUUGGAAGAAUUGAAUAAACCACAUUUUGGCUAUGAUAAAAGAUAUGCCUCUGGGGUCAAAAUGAUCCAUGUCAGAAGUAUGGUUCAAUGAAAAUAUGUAGUGGGUGUAAAGUUUGUUUUAAACUCUCACUCAUUAAACACGAAUCAAUCAACACAUGCUUCUCUUUAAACGACUUAAUAUAAUAUUAAACUUUUAUGAAAUAAAUGAAAAAUUAACAUUUGGUUCCUCAACUGCGUUUCCCACUCCAGUCAGCAGAUGGCGAUGUGCGUCUUUUAGGUUCAGGCGAUGCUGCCAGUGUGACGUACAAUCUAGUGGACGGGACGCUCCUUCAACAACAACAGCUAGUCAGACACCUCGGUAGCUUUCUAGCAAACACAGCUACAACAUUCACCCGCUUUACACUGUUUUGGUGUAUAUUAGUCGCUGUGUAUUAAACACACUUCUGUCUUAUGUACUUGUUGGCCAAUUUAAUUAUAUAUUUACGUUGUUUGUCAGCUAGCUGGUUUGCUAAGUUAGCUUAGAACUAAGCAAGUCGCUAAUGCUAGCUAGCUAACAUCUCCGACCAUGAGUUCACUAAGCUACUCUCCUCCUACUAAAGAAGAGGUCUGCUGGAUGGAGAAAGAAGCUCUCGUUAAAGAGGAAGAGAAAGAUGUUACAAUACAAAAACAAGUAGAGGGUGAGGCUGUUACCGUGAAAGAAGAAGAGAAAGACGUUACAGUGAAAGAAGAGGAAGACGCGUUCAGAUUGAAAGAGGAGGAUGAUGUUACAAUAAAAGAAGAUGAGGAAGAGAAAGAGGAGAGAGCAGUUUUUGGAGUGAAAGAGGAGGCGGGGGAGAUGACUGUCACAUUGAAAGAGGAGAAGGAGGAAGAAGAGGAGGUUGGAGAUCUGUUUAACACCAGUUUUCUGUCCUCAGAUAAAGAGCGCUAUGAAAGCCAGUCUACAUAUGAAGAGAUCCCAAUGAAGAGCAGUGGUUCUCAGUCCUGGGGACUCAGAGGCACAUUGUUGUUUUUGCCUCAGCACUGCACAGCUGAUUCAAAUGAUCAACUCAUUAUCAAGCUUCAAGUGAUACCUUGUAACUGGAGAUUCCUUCAAAACGAUUGCCUACAGUAGCCGUGUAGGGCACUGCAAGGUUGGGUGACCAGGGUCAUCUGGGACUGCCUCCUGGAGGAAUUCAGAUGUGUGAAGGCUACCUGUGUCCUGCGUAACUUCAUGAGGAUGGACACGAGGACCAGGAGGGGAUCUGCAGCUCGCCGCCGUGUCCCAGAGGAGGAGUCUGCUGCUCUGCAGGAUGUUUCAAGGACGGGGUCCAACAACGCAGCAAGAGAGGCAAUCCGUGUGCAGGAGAUCUUCACCUCCUACUUCUUCAAAGAGGAUGCUGUUCCCUGGCAACACCAUAGACUACACUAUGCACAACCAAAUGCUCUUCAAAGAGGGUGCUGUUCCCUGGCAACACCAUGGACUACACUAUGCACAACCAAAGGCUCUUUUAAGAGGGUGCUGUUCCCUGGCAACACCAUAGACUACACUAUGCACAACCAAAGGCUCUUCAAAGAGGGUGCUGUUCCCUGGCAACACCAUGGACUACACUAUGCACAACCAAAGGCUCUUUUAAGAGGGUACUGUUCCCUGGCAACACCAUAGACUACACUAUGCUCAACCAAAGGCUCUUUUAAGAGGGUGCUGUUCCCUGGCAACACCAUAGACUACACUAUGCACAACCAAAGGCUCUUUUAAGAGGGUGCUGUUCCCUGGCAACACCAUAGACUACACUAUGCACAACCAAAGGUUCUUUUAAGAGGGUGCUGUUCCCUGGCAACACCAUAGACUACACUAUGCACAACCAAAGGCUCUUUUAAGAGGGUGCUGUUCCCUGGAAACACCAUAUACUACACUAUGCACAACCAAAGGCUCUUUUAAGAGGGUACUGUUCUUCAGAGUUAAUGAUCCCAGGUCAGUUUAUAUUAUACAGGAAGUAUUAUUAAAGAUAUGCUUUCCAUUGAAAUACAGAGAGAUGCAGUAGUCCCAGAGUUAAUGAUCCCAGGUCAGUUUAUAUUAUACAGGAAGUAUUAUUAAAGAGAUGCUUAACAUUGAAAUACAGAGAGAUGCAGUAGUCCCAGAGUUAAUGAUCCCAGGUCAGUUUAUAUUAUACAGGAAGUAUUAUUAAAGAGAUGCUUAACAUUGAAAUACAGAGAGAUGCAGUAGUCCCAGAGUUAAUGAUCCCAGGUCAGUUUUGCAUUUCACCUCCUGAUUGAUGACUAACAAUGUUAGAAUAAAAAAUAAAAACACAAGGCUUAAACAUGCUCUCUCUCUCUCCAUCUGUCUCUCAUCGCAGAUAUGUUUUGAUGUGCGAGGAUGCCAACCCCCAGUCCCAUCAUCACCAUCUCACCUUCUUUUAAGAUAACCUUUAGGCCGACUAGAGACACUGUUAUGUAAUUGUGAUGAACUGAGAGAAUAUUUAGGUAGCACUGUGAUUCAUUAAUCAUGUGCUGCCUUCCCUGCUCCUAUGUGCUUACCUCUUUCCCUUUCUGUCUUUUACACCUCUCUCUCCACCUCCUCUUUCUUCCUCUGUUUUUAUAAUGCACAACAGAUGUGCAUUGAAGUACAGAUUGAACUUGUAUUUAUAACACUUGGAAAUUGAGCUUUUCAAUAAAGCGUUUCACAUUCUCUACUGGUUCAAUGUCAUACUCAUGUCACAACACCCAUAAAGCUAGCCAGCUAGCUGGCUAAAUCGCGAUUUUCGUAAAAUAAUUUUAUGUUAAAAAAAUGCAUAAUCGUUUGUCUAUACAUGAACUAACAUUCCUGUCAACUGUACAUGUUUUUUGCAUGAUUAGUUAUUACGUUAUAAUCCCUUACAUUUGCUUCCAUCCUAGUAUUUCUAUCCCUCUCUUCUAGUAUUUCUGUCCGCCAUCUUUGAUUGAGUUCAGUUCUGUGUAGGGGUACCCCUCUCUCCAAGUAUUUCUGUCCGACAUCUUUGAUUCAGUUCAGUUCUGUGUAGGGGUACCCCUCUCUUCUAGUAUUUCUGUCUGCCAUCUUUGAUUCAGUUCAGUUCUGUGUAGGGUUACCCCUCUCUCCUAGUAUUUCUGUCCGCCAUCUAUGUUGAAGAAAGUCUAACUAUCACUAGUGCAGCAGCAGCCUCCCCCGGUCCUAGUGCCGGCCCGGUAAGAAGUUUAAGAUGCGAUGGAACGGUUGACGAAAAUAAGUAAUGUAAGAAAUUGUAAUAGAGACUGGAAACUAGCAAUAACUACAUUUCAACAUAAGCCAUAUUUUAUACAAAAAUACACAUACUCCUCAUUUCUCUUGGACAUAUGCUGGACUUAUUAAGACACCGACUACAGACACACAUAAUUCCCCUCCCCCAUGAUAACCACAGAACACACACAACACAUGCUUGGAGCUCAGGACAAAGAACUGUCUCAGGAACCAAUGGAACGUGGACACCAGGCCUGUUCAGGACUACCCAAGACCCAGAUCGACCAAUCGGAAGGCCAGGCUCGCAGAUCUACCUACUUUGCUUGUUGUAUGUAUAAUACUGUACGAGUCUUGAAACUUUCUCGUUCCGGACGAUUUUAUACAAAUCAGACAGAAAGAGCCGUG